UCGCGCCGUUCCACACCAGGAUCAGUGGGGAAAAGAGAGAAUGAGUUGCGCGCGCACUCGAUCGCCGUACGUCGCGACGUCUGCCAUUGUCGUCGCCGAGGCAGCGAGCAGCGUCGCGAUCCGUCGACCAGAGUGAGGCGGAAAAAUAACUAGCGAAAUCGAAAGGAACGGGCGGCAUUUCAGAUAGAAACUGCUAGGAAAAGUCGAUAGGGUUCGAAUUUCGGAUCGGUGGUGAAGGAGGUGUUUUUGGAUAUAUUACUGUAGCACUAGGAGCGAAUUUGGAUGAAAGUUGCUCGCUGAUUGUUAAGUGGUCGGAUUGAGAAAGGUCCUCGAACAAGAAUGUCAUGAGAUGUCCCGUAGCGACGCGUACGUGGGGGGCUCGCGCUCCCCUCGCGGCGUGAGGCUGCCCACCGUGGACCGGUCGCCCACCAGGGCCACGGGCUACGCGGGGGCCGGCAGCCCCCUGGGCCACCGCAAGGCGCUGCGUUCGUCGCGCUCCGGCAACAACUCGCCCAGCGAACACGUGGGCGGCGGAGGCGGCAUGGUGGGCGGCGGCGUGGGAGUGGGUGGCGGCGGGGGAGGCUACGGCGGCUACCAGACAGGGUACUAUCGGGACGAGGACCUGGAGGAGCAGAUGCUGGAGGAGAGGGGCAGACCGAUGGCGGUGGGGCCGGGGCAUCACAGGUCUAGGAGCGCAACUAGGCCCACAAACCCAAUGUCUGUCCGUUACCAAUCUUUGGAUAGAGGCCCUACAGUAGACCACGACAGAGAAUUUCUACCAAUUCGAGAUCGUAGAGAUCGUUCCUUAGAUAGAGCACUUUAUUUCGAAGAUGACCCCUACAGCACUCGAUCUGCACGGCAGUCUCCAACAUCGCAUCAACCCUUCAUUGGAGAACUCCAGCAUCAAAAUUCCGAUCUCCAACGUGACUUGGCCAACCUCAAAAAAGAACUGGAUCUGACCAAUCAGAAACUAGGCUCCUCGAUGCAUUCGAUCAAGACCUUUUGGAGUCCUGAGUUGAAAAAGGAACGGGCUUUGAGGAAAGAAGAAUCAGCAAAAUACAGCUUGAUAAACGAUCAGUUGAAGCUGUUGAGUAGCGAGAACCAAAAACAAGCUAUGUUAGUGAGGCAACUGGAAGAAGAGCUAAGAAUGAGAAUGCGGGGACCCAGUAUAGAAAUACAACAGCAAAUGGAGGCCCUAUAUCAAGAGAACGACCACUUGCAAAGGGAGAUAGCAAUUUUAAGAGACACGAUUAAGGUAACUAGAGAAUAA